AUGCACCCUAGCGGACAAGUCGGAAUGAUGGCACAACCUUAUGGAAUGAAUGCGGGAGAUCCAAAUCACGGGACUCCUGCUACUCCCGAUGGGGAAACCCGAAAACAGGAUAUCGCAGAAAUUCUUCAGCAAAUAAUGAACAUUACGGAUCAAUCUCUGGACGAGGCUCAAGCGAGGAAACACACGUUGAAUUGUCACAGAAUGAAACCGGCGUUGUUUAGCGUUCUUUGCGAGAUAAAGGAAAAAACGGUUUGUAGAAGGUACCUCUGCGGUUACUUUUACACGGUUGUUAAAAUUAAGGCUUUUCCAUUUCGGGUUUUUAUUUGUUUACGAGACGAGUCAGUCGUUUUAAAUUUAAAUUUGUAA